AUGAAGCCACGCGUCACAUUCUCUGAGCCAGACCAGGCCCCACCCAAAGCUCAAGCUCCAGCAUCUCAACAACCACGCACAACUCAACCUGAACCUCAGCCACUACAACAGCCCCAAACUCAACCUCACACUCAGCCUCAAACUCAACCUCAAACUCUAGCGUCGACGGAAACAGCUGGCGAAGUACCUGCUGUCGCGGUACCACAAGUCCCAACACCAGAGCUGAGUAUUGUAAGCGUUCCCAACAUUGACAGCAACGUUGGCUAUGGCAACAACACGGUGGUGUUUGUUCCAACACCCCUGCCAUCCGCCGAGGAUGGAGAGCUGCCACUGUCAUCGGCGGCGGCAUCUGACUUCCGAGACUACACCGGAACCAUCAUCAUGUUGCCAACGGUCGAGCCUCAAGUGCCAAAGGAGAUCGAGAUGAAGGACUUUACACAGGAUGGCGAAUAUGACGACGAGGAGGCGGCCACGCAGGACGGCGCCGACGAGUUCAACGGCGAAGAGGAGGAGGAAGUGAUUGACGAGGCCGAGAUCAAGAAAUAUCCCCCAGCACCACCCUUUAGCAACAGAGCAUUCUUCAGCGAGGUGCUCUACUACUUUGGCCGUCUGCUCAUCCUUGUAUUAUUAGUCUCGACCGUAUCCGUCGGUUACGGAAUGUUUGAAAUCUUCCUCGGUUGUCGUUUCGUCGACGUCAGCGAGGACACCUGGCCACUAUGGGGCAAGAUCACCUACUCCAUCAGUCGCAUUGUAUUAAAUACCUGUCUAUGCAUGUAUCCCUACAUAUUGUUAUCCCUGUCGUAUGGAUUCCGCAUGACAUUGGUCUGCUUGCCAAUUGGAAUAGCGUCGUCGAUGGGCGCGUCGGCGUGGGCCACCUACAACAUCUUCAGACCUGUUCUCAAUCAUAAGUUGUCACUGUUGCCAUCGUACGGCUUCUUUGUCAUUGCCCUGCUGGCCAGCGCCACCUACGUUGGCAAGAAGCUCAAGUCGCGCAACUUCCGUCAUCUGUUCAUGGGUCAGUUUGUGCUGGCCGCCGUCGCCCUCGUCUUUUACGACUUCUUCCUGGUUCAGUUCUACAUCACUACUGAUGACCAGAUCAAGAAGGCCGUGAUCAGAGUCGUUGUGCACCCAGCCAUCUGCGCCAUCGCCCUGUUCAUCUCACGUGCAUGCUCCUCACGUAUCCGUCCCUACCACCGCGGCACCAACGUCUUCCCCGUGCUGAUAUUCAUGUGGUUCUCGACUUACUACGGACGAUUCUUCAACAGCAACAUGGACCUUGGUUACAUGACUGGUACAAUGGCCAUUGUCUCACUCCUGGAACUCAUUUGGAGAACUACCUUGCGUCCACGUGACAAAAAGAUCAUCAAUGCCAUCUGCGGCUAUUGCUUCAAUGUUGAACUACGCCACACCAACAACUUUGAAAGGAUUUACCGCGACUUCCUGCGUCAUGAGCAGAUGUACGAGAACUCAUCCAUCAUCACGGCGACAGCAGUAUACUUGGCUUACUUCCAUGUGUUUGACCCUGACAACUUGAAUUACUCGCGUAUCUUGGCUGGUAUGGCCAUCCAGUUCGCAUUGGAAUGGGUCACAGACUUGUUGUCAUUCUACAUCGAGUCUAGAGUGCACAAAUUGGACAUCUUGUACAGAGAGCGACAUCCACGUGGCUUCCACUUUAUGAUCUGCUUCACAUUCUUCCUAGGCAUGGCCUACUCCACAUCCCGUAUCAUCCUGAUCAACGAAGGCAAAUGGUUCUAA